AUGGCCAAGGACAGUACUCAACAGGACCUUCCUGCAUGGUUCGCCGAGACACGCAAGAAGGGAGUGAGUGUCGCAGGAAAUGCACUCUUUACAUUCCUAAGGCUCGCCGACCUGCCUCUACAGUACUGGCUACUGUCAUCUGGCGUUGGAUUGAAACUCGUGGAAAAGUUAGGCGGUAGGACUAUCCCUGGUGUUGUCACGUUGCCAGCUACGGCAAUCGGCCUCUCGCCAUAUCACUCCCUUGUGUUUGGACUCGCUAUUGGCAGUGCUGCUAAGCAGAUUUACUGGUGCCUCGGAGUUGCAGACAACAAGUUCGACCCUGGCUUUUCCACCAUGGUUGCCGCAUACAACACCGUCCUGAAUACCGUCAAUACUCUGCUGACACUCUGGGCUGUCACCUCCAAUCGCCCUGCAGUCGGUGACUCUUGGUCUACGAUGUUCACGACGCAGCCGAGUCUCGCGCUUGGUGCUGGACUUUACGGACUCGGCUUGUUUACUGAGUGGUGGUGUGAAGUGCAACGCAAGCGGUUCAAGCAGAACCCAGCCAACAAAGGCAAACUCUGUACCGAGGGACUUUUCGGGCUGGCACGGAAUAUCAACUAUGGAGGUUAUACUCUAUGGAGAGCAGGUUACAGCAUUGUCUGCGCCGGCCUUCCCGCGGGCCUAGGAAUGUUUAUGUUCCUCGCUGGCGACUUUUCUCAGAGAGCCAUACCAUUGUUGGAGACAUAUCUGGCAAAGAAGCACUGGAAAGAGGUCAAGAAGGAGGUGCCAUACAAGCUGUUCCCCUACAUCUACUAA